AUGGCAUUCAAGUUCGUGACCUUCCUCGCUAUGGUAGCCGUGGCUCGUGCCGGAGUCCUGACUGCUCCAGCUCUGUCCUACGCUGCAGCCCCAGCGCUAUCCUACGCUGCUCCAUUGGCUUAUGCCGCUCCAGUUACUAAGACCCUGCUCGCAGCUCCGUUAGCCAAGACCGUCGUUGCUGAUGAAUACGACCCGAACCCGCAAUACUCUUUCUCCUAUGGAAUUUCCGAUGCUCUGACCGGUGAUCAGAAGUCCCAGCAGGAGUCCCGCAGCGGAGAUGUCGUCCAGGGUUCGUACUCCGUUGUUGAUCCAGACGGUCUGAAGCGUACCGUCGACUACACCGCCGAUCCACACAACGGAUUCAACGCAGUUGUUCGUCGUGAACCCCUCGCGGUGAAAGCCGUUGUUGCCGCUGCCCCGGUGGUCACCAAGACCGUCCUUGCCCAGCCCGCUUAUGCUUCCUAUGCCGCACCUCUUGCCACCAAGACCGUGCUGGCACAGCCUGCCUACGCUGCUUAUGCUGCUCCUGCUCUGUACCAUUAA